UACACUUUUUCAAACACUCACAUGUGAUAGGAAACCUCGCAAACUCAUUACGGUUUUAAAUAACGAUUUACAUUUCCAUAGGAGCGGUUUUUAGCAGUCCGUCUGAAGCUCAAGCAUUUCAAUCAAUACAACUUUCCUUCGGUACUCGGUCAAGUUUUUAUUUUCGAAUACGCUAAAACUAACUCUUACACCAAAUUAUUGUUAAUAUGAAGAAAACUUCCUUCGACACACGUGGCAUAUUUCAUUUGUCGGAUGAAAAAUUUGUGAAAACCAAGCUUAAGAAACAACGAAAAAUCCAUCCACUGGAUACCUACAAGUUCUGCAUUCCUUCAGUAUUUCCGCAACCAGUUGGUUUCGAAAAGAAGAGUGUGCCCAUUGUGUUUCAAGUGACACCCGAAACGCUACUCAAUUUAGCUGCGAGAGUAGUGGAUGCAUUGCCUUUGCCGAAUGUUUACGAAUGGACCAAUGCGGAUGUCUGCAAGUGGAUACGUCAAUAUGGAUAUCCACAAUAUCAGAAUACCUUCCGUGUAAACCUGAUUACUGGCCGUAAAUUGCUGUUGGUGGAUGCACAAGCACUCACAGCGAUGAAUAUAAAAGAGUUCAAUGAAGUCAAGCACAUCGCCUACGGUAUUCGUCAGCUAUUCUUCUAUGAGAUGACGAAAUAUAUGCGAAGCAUUUCUUUGCCUCCUGAAUAUUAUUAUGAACUCUUUAAAUUGUUUAAGGUAUCGAUCAGACCGAGUUAUGAGGCUGUCCGACGCUCUGAUCUCUGGCGCCAACUUCAAUUGGUGCGAGAGAGAAGUAAGCCCACUUCUCACUGGGAUUUGCUUGAACGUUGGUUGUCACGUCAACACGAUGCCGUUGAAUUGAUAGGUGGUGCGCCUCGCUACAAGCUGUAUCGCUGCAAGACAGGAAAGACACUACCUCCUGCUAGUCCUAAACCAAGUGUGACGUGCACUUGCGAGCUGCCUUGUUGCUGUCAUUCUACAGAUGCGCAUCCUCAGAAACCGACAAUACUGCAAUCAUUGACGCGAGAUCGCAAGUCAGUUACAAUUACGGAAAGUGUUCGAGGUGCGAAAUGUUUGCCGCCGCCCUGCACAUGCAACUGGCCGUACAACUUUUACAAACUCAAUGAAGUUCUGAGCUGCUUGAAGCAUACGUUCCCGUAUAGAUAUGGCGAACCACGAUUUUUCUCUGGAAGCAUGAGCAUGCAUACCACCACUUCUACAUUUCCUAGGGUCUCUGAAGUUCUCCUGACAUUUUCCAAACCUGCACCUAACUUGCUGCAGAAACAGAAGGGAUUUAAAAUCAUAAAGCUUUCGGCGACAACAUUAUGAGACCGGAAUUCAUAGAAAAAAAUAAACUCAACUCAAACAGCUGGCAAAAAUUCGUGCACACGCAGAUUCUAUUAUAAAUACCAGAUUCUGUCAGCAAAUCAUCAGGACCAGACAUUUAUUUACCAACGUCCAAAGUUCGUAACUGCGCGAAUGUUUUUGCUUUCAACGGCCGAUUUGAAGUUUUCAACUUAAACAGGAUCAGAGGAGCUAAGAACUACUAUUGUCUCGUCCAAGAGCCGUUAAAUGCGUCUACAGCAAAGCUACUAACAUAACUAACAUUGCGAAAAGAGAGAACAAGCAAAUGAUUUUAGAAUCGACCAUCCUUAGACCUCUGUGAGGUGAAGCUAUUCAACUAAUUGCAACAAUUUUAUCGCAAAUGUUAUUGUACUAUAACAAAAAAAGAACAUUUCACAUAUAUUACAUAUACACAUUACAUACAUACAUAUAUGUAUAUCAAUAUAGAAAAUCCAAUAAGGGGAUUACAACUAUAUUUUACUACUCCUUACAAUAAAAUAUAUUUGCGUACUAAUAAAUAUA